AUGAAAAAAGUUUCUAGUAUGCCUGUUGAAAGAGGUAAUUUAGAGCCUGAAGAUGAUACAAAUAAUAGUGGUGAUUCGUCAGACAGUAAUUCUGUUUACAGUAAUUUUGGAGGCGGAUUGGAUCAUGAUGGUCAAUCUGUACAAACGAGUGGUGGAAUGUCUUAUCCAGGAUAUGGAUUUCACAACAACGGUGAACAAUAUUCGUAUGGUGCAUUUGGAGGAAUGUACAAUCACGGAGGUGCCGAUAAAACCUUUCAUAGAAGUGCAUCUAUGCCUGUACACAAUAACGGUGAACAAAAUUGGGAUGACAAUCACGGAGUACAUACUUGGACUGGCCAUGACGGAGGACACAGUUGGAAUGAAAAUAACGGAGAGCAAGGUUGGAAUGGCAAUCACGGAGUACAUACUUGGACUGGCCAUGACGGAGGACACAGUUGGAAUGAAAAUAACGAAGAGCAAGGUUGGAAUGGCAAUCACGGAGUACAUACUUGGACUGGCAACAACGGAGGACACAGUUGGAAUGAAAAUAACGGAGAGCAAGGUUGGAAUGGCAAUCACGGAGUACAUACUUGGACUGGCAACAACGGAGGACACAGUUGGAAUGAAAAUAACGGAGAGCAAGGUUGGAAUGGCAAUCACGGAGUACAUACUUUGGAACAACAAGGAUACCCACCAUUAUAUGGCUCUAAUAGCAGCCAUAAUGGUUAUGCCCACUCUAUGCAUCAUGAUCAUUUUGGAGGUAUUUCUGAUCAUUAA